ACUCACAUAUACAACAAGCCAACUCUUCAAGUAUCCAAAUCUCACAAGCAGAAUACAAACAUCUCUCUCUCUCUCUCUCUCUCUCUCUCUCUCAUUUACAAUGCCAAGGACCCGAAAAACCAGCGACCGGAGAAACCAGCUCGACGGGAACAAACCACCAGCAAAUUCGAAUCUCGAGCUAACAAUCCCGUCCCACUUCCGAUGCCCCAUCUCGCUCGACCUGAUGAAAGAUCCGGUCACAUUGUGCACCGGCAUCACAUACGACCGGCAAAGCAUCGACACAUGGCUGGAUGCCGGUAACUACACAUGCCCCGUCACAAACCAGAUACUGAACACCUUCGAACAGAUCCCCAACCACACGUUACGCAGGAUGAUCCAGGACUGGUGCGUCGACAACCGUUCAUUCGGCAUCGAGCGAAUCCCAACACCCAGAAUUCCCCUCACCGACUCAGACGUGUCAGCGAUUCUCGCAGAGGUGGCGACUGCAAGUCGCCGUAGAGAUUACCCAAAGUGCCGUGACUUAGUCAAGAAGAUCAAUGCCUUGAUCAAGGAGAGCGAUCGCAACCGUCGAUGCAUUGUGAGGAGUGAGAUGGGCCGCGUCCUAUCCGCCGCAUUCGAAACAUUCGCGUCCGCCUCGCCGGACAAUCACGCAGCUGGUUUAGAAGAGAUCUUGUCGUUGCUGACGUGGAUGUUCCCGCUUGAUGAAGCAGCUCGGUUGUCCCUCGGAUCCCAUCCAUCACUAUUCUGUCUGUCCUGGUUUUUAAAAUGCGGGACUUUGGCGGGAAGGCGGAAUGCAGUCCUAGCAAUCAAGGACAUUGCUUCUUCCAAUCAACGCCACGUGGAAGCAUUGGCCCAAACGAACGGAUUGAUUGAAUCGUUGGUUAAGAUUAUCAAAACACCCAUAUGCCCUGCAGCCACAAAAGCCGCACUGAUGACCGUACACUACUUGAUUUCAUCCUCACCGUCGAAAAAGGAGACCGCAGAGCAAUUCGUGGAUAUGGGUCUUGUGGCAUUACUACUCGAGAAGCUAGUCGACUCUGAAAAGAGCAUAUGCGAGAAGGCGUUGGCAGUUCUUGAUGGGAUCUGUGGGUGUGAUCGAGCGAGGGAAAUUGCAUAUGGACAUGCAUUAACGGUCCCGAUCUUGGUUAAGAAGAUCUUCCGAGUGUCUGAUCUGGCAACUGGGUUUGCUGUCUCUGCUCUUUGGAAGCUUUUGAAGAAUCAGAAGGGAGAAUGUGGGGAGAUUUUGGUAGAGUGUCUGCAAGUGGGUGCAUUUCAAAAGGUGUUGAUGCUGUUGCAGGUGGGCUGUGAAGAAAGAACGAAGGAGAAAGCUACUGAUCUUUUGAAACUGUUGAAUGGUUCUAGAGGUAGUGGUGAAUGCAUUGAUUCUUUGGAUUUUAAGCAAUUGAAAAGGUCAUUUUGAUUACGAGAUCCUCACCGCCCAUCAGGUAGCUUGACUCAUGUUCACCUUAGAACCCAAAAAUCAUCACCACCCAGAACUCAGGUAGGCCAAACCCUAGGAUGGUAUGCCCACCAUUAGUUUUGGGUAGGGCUGACCUUGCCGUUUGUAUGUCAUCCAAUCCAUUCAUCUGAUAUAUCUCAUGAGGAUGAAAGAUUUACCUAAAAAUCACAGUAUUUCAAAGCUCAGGCGGACUACACCACAUGAAUUUGUAGGUGUUGAGGUUUAAUUUUGUGGUGUGGCCCACCUGAGUGUUGAAUCAAUCUGAUUUUGGAAUGAAGGCUGAUGGACGGUGUGGCGAGGUAGGCAAGAGUUUUCUUUUGAUUAAUGUUAAGUACGAUCAGUGAGUUAGAUCAACAAAAAUGUGGGCAUUUUUUUAUUUU